AGUCCUGUGUUUUCCAGGGGUGGAAGAGAACCGGCUCCCAGGAGGGUGCUGGGGCAAAGGAAUGCAGCAUCUUUUUAGAGCUCAGAUUCUGCCUCCCCUCACCCUCGGAUGCGGGUCCAGAGUGGCUAAAGCCGCUCAUCUGUUGGGAAAGACCUGGCUGUGGUCGGACGUCCCAGCAUGUUGCACUGGCCAAGCCACGGUGCUGCAGGCUGGGUGAUUCUGCUGCCCCACAGGGGUCCUGGGUAUUGGAUGUCUACUUCCAGCCUUUCCCAGGGGAAGCCUUCUACCUCCCGGCCUUUCACGAGAGUGAGAUUCCCAGCCUCCUGCUCCCGGACACCUUGAGAUCACCCCACGCCAUGCUCAGUACUCCGGGGGUCCUUCGGCCAUCCAUGCAGCAGUUGAGGCAGCCCACCUCUUUGGAAGGUCAUCAAAAGAAACGGAAGCUUUCCCCGACGCACCCUGGAAAGGAAACAAGAAGAAAUGCAACUCCUUAAUCCCUUUCUGCCCUCUUCUCCGCGGCAGGAUUAUCCACAGCAUGGACUGGCCGGCAGCAGGGUGCCCUCCUCAGGACCGCCUGGUGAGCUGGGCCCGGCCGAGAGAGGGAGCAGCCGCCCCCACGCGAGCCCCACAACAGCCCUGUGAGAUGCCGUGAGCUGCCGCCAUGGCGGAGGAGUGGGCGCCCCAGCUGGUGGACUACUUUGUCGUGGCCGGCUUGUCGGACACCUCGAAGCCGCUGGAGGAUGAGAGCCAGCUGCUGCGGCCGUCCCGGCCCAGCGAGCCCAUCGUGGACGUGGCCGUCAUCGUCCGCUCGCAGGGCGAGGAGGUGCCCCACGGCUUCACCUGCAUCGAGCGCACCACUACGGGGAACCCCGUGGAACUCAACGCCGGGCUGCUCAACAACCCCCAGAUGUACAUCUGCUACAAGCGCGGCCGGGAGAAGCCGCCCAUCGUCGAGCUGGGGGUGCACUGUGACGGGAAGGAGCGCCCCAGGCCGGGCUUCAAGAUCGUCGACACGACCCCCUACAGCCACUCGGCCAACCUGGCCUCGGGCAGCCCCGGGCACCAGCGCGUCUUCCUGACGUACCGGCGGGCAGGCGAGGGGCAGGGCUACAGCACGCUGGGCGUCACCGACAUCUGCCUUAUCAUGCCCAGCAAGGGGGAGAGCACGCCCCACACCUUCAGCCGCGUGGACCGGAACCUCAAUGCUGGCAUGUGGGGACCCGCCCUCUUUCUCUGCUACAAGAAGGCGUUAGCCAAAGGGAACACUCUGGUGUACGAAGCAGGUCUCCUGAGCCGCUACCCAGAGCAGGACAGUGAGGCCUUCCCGCUGCCCGAGUCGGUCUCGGUCUUCUGCUUGCCCAUGGGGGCCACCAUUGAGAGCUGGCCAGUGGACACCAAGUACCAGCUUCCCGUCUUCUCCACGUUUGUGUUGACCGGCGCUUCUGGGGACAAGGUGUAUGGUGCCGCCAUCCAGUUCUACGAGUCUUUCCCACGGGAGCGCCUCUCGGAACGGCAGUGCGUGUGGCUGAACCUGGUCACCGUGGUCGACCGGCGCCCCAUCACCAGCAAGUCGGUGCAGACGCGUAAGAGCAUCUGCGUCCUGUCUCACUGGCCGUUCUUUGACGUCUUCCACAAGUUCCUCACUUUCCUGUACCGCUACAGCAUCUCUGGGCCUCACGUGCUGCCUCUCGAGGCGCACAUCUCUCAUUUCAUGCACAAUGUCCCCUUCCCGUCUCCACAGCGGCCCCGGAUCCUGGUGCAGAUGUCGUCUUAUGACAACGUGCUCUUGUGCCAGCCCGUCUCGUCGCCUCUGCCACUGAGCGGUGCCAGUUUCAUGACCCUCCUGCAGACGCUGGGCCCGGAGAAUGCGGUCGCCCUCCUAGUGGCCAUCCUCACCGAGCAGAAGCUGCUCAUCCAUUCGCUCCAGCCGGACGUCUUGACCAGCGUCGGGGAAGCCUUGGUCUCCAUGAUCUUCCCGCUGCACUGGCAGUGCCCGUACAUCCCGCUCUGCCCGCUCACCCUGGCGGAUGUGCUGUGCGCCCCGGUGCCCUUCAUCGUGGGCGUCCACUCCAGCUACUUCGACCUCUGCGACCCUCCGCACGACGUCAUCUGUGUCGAUCUGGACACCAACACCAUCUUCCAGAGCGAGGAACGGAAGCUGCUCUCGCCGCGGUCCCUGCCCCGGAAACCCUACAAGGUGCUUCUGGCGUCCUUGAACUCGCAGUACAAGCAGCUGGACGAGAUGUACAACCGGCCCGUCGAGGAAGCGUCUCUGGAGUUCCUGCUGACGGAUUAUGACAUCAUCUACGGGCGACGGAAGCAGCUGGAGAUGGACAUCCAAGGGGCCUUCCUGCGCUUCAUGGCUUGCCUGCUGAAGGGCUAUCGCAGCUACCUCCAGCCCAUCGCCCCGGCUCCCUCUGAGAAGCUCCGCGACUGCAGCAACCUCUUCUACCUCCAGGGCUUCCUCAAGUCGCGAGACCGGGCUUACCACAAGUUCUACAGCCAGCUCCUCCGCACCCAGCUCUUCACGCAGUUCAUCGAGGAGUGCUCCUUCGUCAGCGACCGGCACAUGUGCCUGGAGUUCUUCGACUCGUGUGUGGAGAAGGUGCAGGUGGAUCUGGAGAAGCCGGAGGAGGGUCCCCUGAUGGAGCUGGACGACACUCACGGCAGCGAACACACGGUGUUCAUCAUGCCCCCCGAGGAGCCGACCGGCCCCGAUGGCGCUGAGCUGCCGCCGUGCUAUCGGUAUGACGGCUUCCCCAGGCUGCAGGCCAGGCUUUUCGAGCGGCCCCAGGACCAGCUCAUGCCCUCGCUCUCCCAGGCCCGGAGCAGCGCGCCCAGCAGCCCAGCACCACGCAGGACCAAGCAGGAAAUGAAGGUGGCCCAGCGGGUGGCCCAGAAGUAUUCGGCCGUGCCGGACAUGUGGUCCAAGUGCCUCCUGGGGCACUGCUACGGGCUGUGGUUCAUCACGCUGCCCACCUUCGUCCGCGAGGCGCCCUCCAAGGUGCGGGCCCUGCAGACGGCCUACGACGCGCUCAGGCAGAUGGAGGCCAAGAAGGUGGUGCUGCCGGAUGAGGUUUGCUACCGGAUCCUGAUGCAGCUCUGCGGGCAAUACGGAGAGCCCAUCCUCUCGGUGCAGGUGCUGCUGGAGAUGAAGCGGGCCGGCAUCGUGCCCAACACCAUCACCUACGGCUACUAUAACAAGGCCAUUUUGGAGAGCAAGUGGCCCUCCAGCACCCAGGGAGGCCGGCUGCGCUGGGCCAAACUGCGCAACGUCGUCCUGGGGGCCGCCCAGUUCCGGCAGCCGCUGCGCCAGCGCCAGGCGGAGGUGCAGAGCGUCAGCACGCAGUCAGAGGGCCGAGGGCCGAAGGCGCCCGCCGCCCACUUCCGGUCGAGUCUGAGGCGGCAGACGACGUGGUCCGGGGCCAGCUUGGAGGAGAGCCUGCCGUCCACGUCUCUGGUGAAAAGCGGCAGCCUCAGCUUCCCUCCCCGCGAAGAGGCUUCCUUGCUCGAAGCUGAAGUGCCCCCCGUGACCCAGGCCCUGGGGGGCAGCAGCGACCUCCUCCCGGCCGUGCCCGCCUGGCUGCGGGACGUGCGGGACGGGCCCGCCAGCUCCGAGGACGGCAGCCUCUCGGACGUCAGCAGCUUCGUGACCGACGAGAGCGACCGGUUCACCCUGAACAGCGUGGACGUCCCGCCAGGCCUCGGGCAGCCGGAGGGGGUUGGACCGGGCCGGGCUCCGGAGAGCCGCGGCAGCCGAGGUGGCACCCCGCGCCGGAGCCUGACGGCCAAGCUGCAGCAGUUCCUCUCGCCCAUCAAGCGGCCCUCCGUGAGGCAGGCGCCCGGCGUGGAGCAUUCACACGCACGGCCGGAGCCCCCGCCUCGCCGCAGCCCUCUGGAGACUCACCUGUUGCUUCCCCGCGAGCGCCCGGGCUCCACGGCCUCUGAGAGCUCCGUGUCCCUGGGCAGCGAGUACGACCUCUCGGACACCUCCCUGUGCAGUUUCUACCUCGGCAAGUCCAGCGACCGGCUUUCGGAGCCUCCGGCCGUCGAGGUGCUUCUUUCCACCUGUUCUCGGUGCCAGUCCUGCCGCUCGCUGGUCUACGACGAAGAGGUGAUGGCCGGCUGGACCUCCGACGACUCCAACCUCAACACCGCCUGCCCCUUCUGCGCCCGCCUCUUCGUCCCUUUCCUCAGCAUCGAGAUCCAGGACUUCCAGCCUCCCCACAGCACCACGGACAGCUCUGACGGCAGCUCUAUCUCCUCCGACCGGCCGCGAGACAGUGAAGCGCCCGCCCCGGGCAGCCAGGGCCCCGUGCUCAGCGACCGACACCACUGCCUGUCCCUGGAUGAGGCCGAGCCGGAGCCUGGGAGGGAAUCCAGGGCUGGUUCACUGUGCAAUGGCUUCUCCGAGUCCCCGCUCCCUCGGCAUCCCGCCCGUCGCGUGGAGAGCCUGGCCUUUGCCUACCUGAGCCCCCUGGUCCUGCGCAAGGAGCUGGAGACGCUGCUGGAGAACGAGGGGGCCGACUUCCUCUCGCAGCCCGAGCUGGUGGACAACCACCCCAUCAUCUACUGGAACCUGGUCUGGUACUUCCAGCGCCUGAGCAUGCCCAGCGGCCUGCCCCAGCUCUUGCUGGCUUCCAAGCACGUCCAGCCAGCCCACCAGGGCUCCACCCAGGAGGGGCCUCUUGUGAGCGUCCGUUUGCUCUGGGACAUCCUGAAGCCGGACCCCGACAGCUUCCCCCCUCUCUACGUUCUUUGGAGGUCCCACAGGGACAUCCCAACCCGCCUGCAGUCCUGGCGCCGACACAACCACCCCUUCACGCUGAACUUCCUGGAGGCCGUGCUGAGCACCAUGGGGAUGGGCGAAAUGCACAAGGCCAUCAGCCUCUUCCUGGAAACGGUGGCCGGGCUGGCCAACCCCGCCCACCUGCAGAGGAGUGUUUACCGUGAGAUCCUCUUCCUCAAACUGGCGGCACUGGGCAGAGACCACGUUGACAUCGCUGACUUUGACAAGAAAUACAAAUCCGCCUAUUCCAAGCUGGCGGGCAGCGUGGGCAAGGAGUCCCUGAAGCAGCGGCGGGCCCAGCCGCCCACCUCCAAGGCCAUAGACUGCCGGAAGAGCUUCGGGGCCAACCUGGAGUGCUAGUGGGGGCUGCCUUCCCUACGCUUGCCCCCCCACCCCACCCCCACCGCCCUCCUCCCUGGCCUCAUGCAACUCCCUGCUACAUAGGAAGAACCAAGGACGGAACUGGAGCCGAUAAACCAAAUCGCGGCGGGAAACCAGGGUCCGCGGCCCACCUCCUUCCUGCCGCUGGCACUUGGCGGGUGCCGUCGUCGGUUGGGGAUCUGGGGAAUCGUAGGACGAGAUGGCUGGUGUCAACCUCUUGGGGGGGGUGUUGGUUAUUUGGGGUGGGCGGGGUGAGGAGAGCGAGACAUCCCUGAGAGGUCUGGCACAGCUGAUGACGCUGCCCUCAUGGGGAGAACAGUGGGAUGAGGGGGCCACGUGUAUGUGGGGUGGCGGGGACAUCUUGCCCCCCGUUUCCUAGUCCAGCACUGCACUCUGCACGUGCAUGCAACACCAGGCGCCCCUCUCUCUUCCACCACCACCACCCCGUCCCCCCCCCCCCACUCCACCCCGGAUCACUUCUUAAGAGUCGUCUAUUUUUGUGCCCAGUGUUAUUUCUGGAGGGUGGGUGGCCGGCUGGCCAGGAGUCACAGGGCCCCGGCGACCCCCGGAACGUCAGGGUUUAAUAUGGGGUGGGGCAGCCCUCAGCCGGUGGGGCCCCUCCCUAGCAAAAGGGUGUUCUGUUUUUUUGUUUUGUUUUUUUUUUAACCGUCAGUGUUAUAACCUUAUAAAAAAAAAAGGAAAGUAUUUUGUAGUUUAUUUAUUAACGGGCUGUUCUGCGACUUCCCCUCCUCUCCUUGUCUUGGUUGCUUGUUCUGUAUCCGUACAGAUGGUGAGCCCUGGGGAGGGGGGCGGGUGUGGGGGGCGGCACUCAGUGUCUGAGCCCCCCUCUCACCCCCUCUGUACAUGGAGUGGGGCAAUCCCCCCACCCCCCAGCCCGAUGUAGAGACUGUUUUUCCCUUCUGGUGCUGUGGGCUGCUUUGUGUGGGGUGCAUGGGGUGGGGGGGAGAAGAGAAGGACAGUGAUUGUCCGGUGCUGCUCCCGCCCCCCGCUUCCUCCUCAGGGCUCGGAUUGUGCAAUAUGGAGUCGGUCUCCAUCAAACACCCCCCCCCGCCCCGCCUUUGGUUGUGUCAUUCAGGGUCUCCCCCCUUCCUGGUUGGUUGGUUUGUUUUUCGAUGUUCCUGUUAUGUAAAUAAAGAUGCUUCUGUAUUUUCUCUG